AUGGCGUCAAGCAAAUGCCACCAGAAGCCAUUUAACAUGACGCAUUCUGAAAAUCAUGAGCUGAAAGUAGAGAUGGCAGAGAUAAGCGAGCAACAAGAAUCUAUCAAACAAGGGCAAAAGGAAAUGAGAGAGAGGUUUGAAGCGAUAGAUUCAGAAUGUAACCAACUCAAAAAGGAGACCGAACAAAUAUCUCACGCGAGCGAGAACGUGCAACUUCGUCUCGAUAUCAUGCUUAAUAUCUUGAAGGCACAACAAGAGAUCGAAUGA